UAUGACGAUAAGCACAACCGCAGUAGAAACCACAACGGCCUUCGUCUCAACAACAGGUGGAGUUCCAUGUGGUGGAAAUCUGACUCAACCACAAGGGGAAUUUUUUAGCCCAAAUUAUCCUAAUAAUUAUCCCAAUUAUGCACGCUGCACAUGGACCCUGGAAGCUGGAGAACUGGAGGUGGUUGUGUUAAACUUCACUUUUGUCGAUUUGGAGUCAUGCUGUGACUUUAUCCGAGUGUAUGAUGGUCCGAGUGCUCAGUAUCCACUUAUGGGUUCUGUGACUGGUCAGAAUCAGAGACCUUCAUUCAACUCCAGCAGAAGAUACAUGACUGUUGUUUUCAGCACUGACCACAGCGUGACUCGGCAAGGGUUUAGGGCUGAAUGGGCUUUCAAACCUGUUCUGACGUGUAAUGGCCGGUGCGGCACCAGCAACAGCAUAUGCUCCUGUGACAGAUCAUGUCAACGAUAUGGAAAUUGCUGUCAUGAUUAUUAUAAUUAUUGUUACUACACCUCGACAUCUCCUUUACCAGCCUGUGGGGGGAGUCUUCAUGGCUCAGGCUUCAUCUCCAGCCCUUAUUACCCCAGUUAUUACCAUGACUACGCAUACUGUGUGUGGCAGCUUUCAGCUCCAGCGGGACAGACCGUCUUCCUCUCGUUCCAGGACUUAGAUCUGGAUCGCUGCUGCAGUUGUGAUUAUGUGAAUGUGUAUGAUGGUUCAUCCACCGGCUCGCGCUUGAUGGGACAGCUCUGUCACGCUAACACAAGUCAGCUGGAGUUCCAGUCGUCCUCGUCUUACAUGACCGUGCUGUUCAGGAGUGACUACUCCGGUGUCGGACGUGGCUUUAAAGCCUACUUCAGCUCCACCCUAAAUCAAAACACAGGCCAUGUGGAUUGCUCGUCUGGCUGGAUGAACAUCGUUAUCCGUAAAUCAUACUUGGAUUCUUUGGGCUUCAGCUGGCAUGACCUCUACCUGGAUGACCAUCGCUGCAGAGCUUCAGCUGACUACUACUAUGUCAACUUUCAAUUUCCAUUAAAUAGCUGCAGCACCAGAAUCAAGUCCCAGAACGGGCGUGUUACGUACACCAAUAAUGUUCGAGCAGCUCAGUCAACGUCAGGUGAGAUCACACGGUAUGAAUCAAGAUUCCUGUGGGCUGUGAGCUGUGUGAUGGAGCGAGAAUCUUCAGUCGGGACACUCUAUGAAGUUGAAGAGACUUCAAACCUAACCAUCAGCGGAACGGGGCGGUUCAACACCUCCAUGGCCUUUUUCCCAUCCAGCAACUUUUACUACCCCAUCACUGAAUUCCCCUACCAGGUGGACCUCAAUCAGCAACUGUAUGUCCAGGUGCAGCUAACCCAAGCUCAACCAAGCAUCCACCUAUUCAUCGACUCCUGUGUGGCCUCACCUAACCAUGACUUCAGCACCCGCACCUAUGACCUUAUACGCAAUGGGUGUGGGAGAGACAGCACAGUAGUCAUAUACAGAAAUGGAGAUCGUUACUUCGCUCAAUUCAGCUUCCGUGCUUUUAUGUUCCUGCGCACACACAACUUGGUGUUCCUCAGAUGUCACGUCAUUAUAUGCGCUGACAACGACUACAACUCACGAUGUCGCCAAGGAUGCCGUAAUCGCAGGAAACGAAGCUUAAGCUCUAAUGACCACAAUGAGGUUGUUACUCUUGGGCCCAUUACACUCAAAGAUUAUGAGUGUCAUAAGGAAAGAAAAAUGAACAGGUCAGGCAAGAUGGAGUUCGGAUUCCUGAUACUUUUACUCAGCUCUGCUCUUUUAGCACACAGCUCCCUGUCUGCAGCAUAUUAUACUGAAGUUACUACGGGGUUCCCCUCAACCACAGAUCAUCCAUCCUGCCGUUAUAACUGUGGCUACAAUCAGGGUUGGUGCUCCUGCAGCAGCUCCUGUCAGUACUAUGGAAAUUGCUGUCAUGAUUAUUACUAUUAUUGUUCUCAAACAACAUCAGACUAUGGCAAAACAACAAGCGGUACAUGGGGAACAUCAGAAGUUCCAUGUGGUGGAUAUCUGACUGCACCACGAGGGGUAUUUUUCAGCCCAAAUUAUCCCAAUCAUUAUCCUAAUAAUGCACGCUGCACAUGGACCUUGUCUGCUGGAGAACUGCAGGUUGUUUCAAUAAACUUCAUGUUUGUCGAUUUGGAGUCAUGCUGUGACUUUGUCCGUCUGUAUGAUGGUCCAAAUGCUCAGUAUCCACUUUUGGGUUCUGUAAAUGCAAAUCAGAGUGCUUCAUUCAAUUCAAGCCGUGCUUACCUGACUGUCGUUUUCACAACUGACGGCAGUGUGACCCGCCCAGGGUUUCAGGCUGAAUGGACUUUCAAAUCUGCUCCGAUGUGUAAAGGCCGAUGUGGAAGCAGCAACAGCAGGUGCUCCUGUGACAGUUCAUGUGAGCUCUAUGGAAGAUGCUGUCAUGAUUAUUAUGAGUAUUGUUCCCCUGAGACGUCAGCUCCUGUACCAGCCUGUGGGGGGAGUCUUCAGGUCUCAGGCUUCUUCUCCAGUCCUUAUUACCCCAGUUAUUACCAUGACAACGCAUACUGUGUGUGGCAGCUCUCAGCUCGGGUGGGACAGACUGUCUUCCUCUCGUUUCAGGACUUAGACCUGGAUCGCUGCUGCCUCUGUGAUUAUGUGAGUGUAUAUGAUGGUCCGUCCACCUCCUCGCGUUUGUUAGGACAGCUCUGUCACUCUAACACCAGUCACAUGGAUUUCCAAUCAUCCUCGUCCCAAAUGACCGUGCUGUUCAGGAGCGACUACUCUGGGGUGGGGCGUGGCUUUAAAGCCUACUUCACCUCCUCCCUCAGUCAAAGUACAGGCCAUGUGGAUUGCUCCUCUACCAGGAUGAACAUUGUCAUCCUUAAAUCAUACUUGGACUCGCUGGGCUUCAAUUGGCAAGAUCUUCACCUAGAUGACUAUCGCUGCAGAGCGUCAACUGACUACUACUAUGUCAACUUCAAUUUUCCACUUAAUAGCUGCAGCACUGUAAGGAAGACCCAGAAUGGACGUAUUAUUUACACCAAUAAUGUGCGAGGAGAUCAGUCAGUGUCAGGCGAGAUCAUUCGGUAUGAAACAACCUUUCUCUGGGCUGUAAGCUGUGUGAUGGAGCGUGAUUCUUCCGUCAGGACACUUUAUGAAGCUGAACUGAGUACGAAUGUAAGCAUCCAUGGAACUGGUCGGUUCAACACCACCAUGGCCUUUUACCCGUCCAGCAGCUUUUCCUACCCCAUCACGCAAUUCCCCUACCAAGUGGACCUCAAUCAGCAACUGUUCGUCCAGGUGCAGCUAACCAAAAGUGAACCAAGCCUCCACUUGUUCAUUGACACCUGUGUGGCCUCGCCUAACCACGAGUUCAGCAUCCGCACCUAUGAUCUGAUACGUAAUGGGUGUCGGAGAGACAGCACAGUAACCAUAUACAGAAACGGAGAUCGUUACUAUGCUCAGUUCGGCUUCCGUGCAUUCAUGUUCCUGCGCACACACAACCAGGUGUUCCUCAGGUGUGAUGUCAUUAUCUGCACUGACAAUGACUACAAUUCACGAUGCCGCCAAGGAUGCCGUAAUCGCAGGAAACGGAGCUUGACCUCUGAUCACCACACUGAGGUUGUCACCAUUGGGCCUAUCAAACUCAAAGGUCCAGAGGAAGCUGUAGCCAAGAUGGAGGACGGGAAGUGAACUCACAGUGACUGACUGAUUAAUCAUUUUAAAACAGAUAACACUGAAUAAUUUUACAAACCUUAAACCUUGUCUAAUAAAGCAUCCUUUAAAGGCAAA